CCUAAACUAUUUCUGUUCUUAUGUAACUCAUGCGCAACUCUUGCAUAACUGUUGUUCAACUUGUGUACUAUAUAUAGCCGUUCACUCUCUUAAAUAAAGAUGAGAAGUGAGUGAGUAGAACCUCACAGGAAGUUCAGUCGAAGAUGUAUACAACCCGAGAGAUAUUGAAAAUUAUGCUGUUCGAAGAGGAAAUAGAUUCUGAAAAUAAACUAAUAUUAAUCGAAUCACUAGGAUUUGUCCGAAUUGAAUGAAAUGAUGUAAAACUAAGUCAUAAUCCUGAUGGUUAUGAUCAUGAAGGUAUAAGGCGCAUAAAUGAUGUAAAAAUGAAACAAAACUAUAAUUCUGAAAUGGCUUUAUUUUUGUCCACAUCACUUUAGUAUUUAGGUGUUUUGCAUAAAACAGAAAGUCAAUCAAUGGUCAAAUACGAAAUGUAUUGAUUAAUCCAUCAAGUGACAUAGGAAAACACUUUAGUCAACUCUUCUAAAGAAUUUCAUCAUCAUCAUCGUUUCGAAUUAAGAAUAUCAAAUUAUUAUAUCAUAUAAUUAAUAAAUCCUUAGAAUAAUUAAUAAAAAGGAACCAAAUAAAUAAUGAAAUAAUAAUACAGCUUGAUUCAUAUCAGUUAUUUUUAAUGUUAAUGGGUAUUGUCAAUGGUAUUUUGUUUCCAGAUUACUAAAUAGAUUAAAAAUCAAUACAAUAAUUAAUUUCUAUUACAGAUACAAACAUUUGAGUAAUUUACGAAUUAGUAAAAAUUUAUUCAAACAAUUCAUAAAUACAAUAAUUGAUUACAAAAGUAAUUCGUGUUAUCGAUAAAGUCAACUUUUCGGCCAAAAAAUGCUCAACCAUGUUUAGAACAUAUUCAAAUGAAACAACCAAUUUUAUUCGAAAAAAUUAAAAAUGUUUACACACAUGUUAUAUCCAAGUGGUCAAAAAAUAAUUGUACAUCCCGAGAUUAUUCAUUUUAUUAUUCAUUUUUGGUUGUCGAAAAAUAAUUAGCAACAUUACAAAAAAUGAAUGAAAUACAUUUAUACCUAAUAGCACAAAAGAGUUAAACACUUGUGUUAAUAAGUGAAUAACAAUAAUAACAAUAAUAACAAGUGUAUAAUAUAUAAGCACUUGUGUAAUAAAGCAAAAACUAUAAAAUCUUAUUUUGUUAAAACAAGCGUUCUAUGGAUGUGUGAAACAAUUGAAUUAGAUGAUGACGACAACAGACUAUUAACAGUUCAAUGGCUAAAUUAUUUUUGUAAUCUAUUGUAUAAGCGUUAUUGUCUACAUUAUUUUAUGCAUAUGAUAAAUAUUUUUGAACAUUGUUCAGUAGAAGAUAUGGAUAAAGCGUUCGUUAUUAAUUCUCCACGAUUUAAUUAAAGAUUAAGAUUAAUUCUCCAUUGAUUUUACAGUUCGUCUGCAAAGAUCAAGUUCGUGUGUUCGAUCCUAGCUUCGUUCAAGGAUUGAUUUUGUGUUUAAGUUGUAGUUUAAGUUUCAGAAUGAUAUAAUGGGAAUUUAUAUUCUCGAUUUCGUUCUGGUUCAAGAUUAAAGCUUAAACCAAACCAAACCAAUUCUCCAAGGUGAUGUUAAUACAUCAGAUGAUUAUUGUAAAAUAAAUGCUCUUUAUCCUAUAAAAACAAAUAUUAAUCAAAUUAAUAAUGAACAUGUUGAAUUGUUCAAUGAUUGGCAUCGUAACGUUAAAAUUGAGGAUAUUGUUCAAGCUAUGAAUGCAUGGACACAAUUAAAGUCGAUAUAG